GACGUCCAAAGAAGGAAGUUCUCCAAUUUCCGACGGUUUCGAACGGACCAUCACGAUCCGGAUUCUCCAUCUUCCUCAAACCAGCAAGGGAGCCGCCUGCUUCUUAAACCAGCUGAAACUUAACAUUUUAGCGCUGACACCCUGAUCUAAAGAAGCACAAUUAUGACGGACUCCAAAUAUUUUACAACCAACAAAAAAGGGGAGAUCUUUGAACUGAAGGCAGAACUGAACAAUGAGAAGAAGGAAAAGAGAAAAGAGGCGGUGAAGAAGGUCAUAGCAGCCAUGACUGUUGGCAAGGAUGUCAGCUCUUUGUUCCCAGAUGUGGUCAACUGCAUGCAGACUGACAACCUGGAGCUUAAGAAGCUGGUCUACUUGUACUUAAUGAACUAUGCCAAGAGUCAACCUGAUAUGGCCAUUAUGGCUGUAAACAGUUUUGUCAAGGACUGUGAGGACCCCAACCCACUGAUCCGAGCUCUGGCAGUCCGAACCAUGGGCUGCAUCCGGGUGGACAAGAUCACAGAGUACUUGUGUGAACCUUUAAGGAAGUGCUUGAAGGAUGAGGAUCCAUAUGUGAGAAAGACAGCAGCUGUUUGUGUGGCUAAACUUCAUGACAUCAAUGCUCAAAUGGUGGAGGACCAAGGCUUCCUGGACUCUCUGAGAGAUCUCAUUGCUGACUCCAAUCCAAUGGUUGUGGCCAAUGCAGUUGCUGCCCUGUCAGAGAUCAGCGAGUCUCACCCCAACAGCAACUUACUGGACCUCAAUCCUCAAAACAUCAACAAGCUGCUGACCGCCCUCAACGAGUGCACUGAGUGGGGGCAGAUCUUCAUCUUGGACUGCCUGUCCAACUACAACCCCAAGGACGAGCGUGAGGCCCAAAGCAUAUGUGAACGUGUGACACCUCGGCUGUCUCAUGCCAACUCAGCUGUGGUGCUCUCAGCUGUCAAGGUGCUGAUGAAGUUCUUAGAGCUGCUGCCCAAGGACUCUGAUUAUUACAACACCUUACUGAAGAAGUUAUCCCCACCACUGGUCACCUUACUCUCAGGAGAACCUGAGGUCCAGUAUGUGGCUUUGAGGAACAUUAACCUUAUUGUCCAGAAAAGGCCUGAGAUUCUAAAGCAGGAGAUUAAAGUGUUCUUUGUGAAGUACAACGACCCCAUCUAUGUGAAACUGGAGAAACUGGACAUCAUGAUUCGUUUAGCCUCUCAGGCCAACAUUGCUCAGGUGCUAGCUGAACUGAAGGAAUAUGCCACAGAGGUGGAUGUUGACUUUGUGCGAAAGGCUGUACGAGCCAUUGGACGUUGUGCUAUCAAAGUUGAGCAAUCAGCUGAGCGUUGUGUUAGCACCCUGCUGGAUCUGAUUCAAACCAAGGUCAACUAUGUGGUUCAGGAGGCUAUUGUGGUCAUCAGAGAUAUCUUCCGCAAAUAUCCCAACAAGUAUGAGAGUAUCAUUGCCACACUUUGUGAGAAUCUGGAUUCUCUGGAUGAACCUGAUGCUCGUGCUGCCAUGAUAUGGAUUGUUGGCGAGUAUGCUGAGAGGAUUGAUAAUGCCGAUGAGUUACUGGAGAGCUUCCUCGAAGGUUUCCACGAUGAGAGCACACAGGUCCAGCUUACUCUGCUUACUGCCAUUGUCAAGUUGUUCCUUAAGAAGCCAUCAGAAACUCAGGAGCUGGUGCAGCAGGUCCUCAGUUUGGCCACUCAGGACUCUGACAACCCUGACUUGCGCGACAGGGGUUACAUUUAUUGGCGACUUUUGUCAACUGACCCUGUGACUGCCAAGGAGGUGGUACUGUCAGAAAAGCCUCUGAUCUCAGAGGAGACAGACCUGAUUGAACCUACUCUCCUGGAUGAGCUUAUUUGCCACAUCGGCUCUCUGGCUUCUGUCUAUCACAAACCCCCCAGCGCCUUUGUAGAGGGCAGCCAUGGAAUUCACCGGAAACACUUGCCCGUUCAGCACAGCAGCAUUGACACAGGUGAGAGCCCAGUGAGUGGUGGCCCAGCAGCUGUCAUGGACCAGCCACAUGUGAUUCCAAGCCAAGGUGACCUGCUAGGUGACCUACUUAACCUGGAUCUGGGCCCUCCAGUCAAUGUUCCCCAGGUCUCCUCUAUGCAGAUGGGGGCAGUCGACCUUCUAGGAGGGGGCUUGGACAGCUUGCUGGGGGGAGACCUGGGCGGAGGUGUUGGGGGAAGUCCAGCAGUGGGUCAGAACUUUAUCCCCUCAUCUGUCCCAAGUACUUUUGCUCCAUCACCUACACCAGCACCUCCAGCUGUCAGCAGUGGCCUCAAUGACUUGUUUGAGCUCUCCACGGGCAUGGCCAUCACUACUGGAGGCUACAUAGUUCCUAAAGCAGUGUGGCUGCCUGCAGUGAAAGCCAAAGGACUGGAGAUCUCUGGAACCUACUCUCGCCGCCAGGGACACAUGUACAUGGAUAUGACCUUUACUAACAAGGCCCUGCAACACAUGACUGAUUUUGCAAUUCAGUUUAACAAGAACAGUUUUGGGGUCAUCCCCACCAGUCCUUUGCCCAUUCACACUCCACUGAUGCCCAGUCAAAGCAUUGAAAUCUCAUUGCCUCUCAACACCAUUGGUCCAGUUAUGAAGAUGGAUCCACUCAAUAAUCUUCAGGUGGCUGUGAAGAACAACAUUGAUGUCUUCUAUUUCAGUGUACUUAUUCCUCUCAACAUAUUCUUUGUUGAGGAUGGAAAAAUGGAGCGGCAGGUGUUUCUGGCAACCUGGAAAGACAUUCCCAAUGAGAAUGAGCUACAGUACCAGAUUAAGGAUUGCCACCUAAAUGCAGACACUGUAUCAGGGAAGCUGCAGAAUAACAACAUCUACACCAUUGCCAAGAGAAAUGUAGAAGGCCAGGAUAUGCUGUAUCAGUCUCUCAAGCUAACCAAUGGCAUUUGGAUCUUGGCUGAGCUACGUAUUCAGCCUGGAAAUCCCAACUACACGCUGUCUCUCAAGUGUCGGGCUCCCGAGGUUUCUCAGUACAUUUACCAGACGUAUGACUCUGUGCUGAAGAACUGAUCUGCUGAUCAGUUCUACUUGGUGAUUCUGCUUCAUCCUGGCAACAAACAGCAAUGUUCUAUCACUUUCUGCCGCUUGAGGCUAGCUGCCAAAACAAGGGAAUCCAUGCAGUAAAUAAUGCAUACUAUACAAUUAGAAAUUUUAUUCUUAUCUUACCUCUGAUCAAAAUGUAUCCUCAUACUUUUGGCUCUGUACCCAAUUUAAACAUGCAGCUUAUUCCAUUAUUUUGGCAGUUAAAAAGCAUUGAAUUUUCUCUCUUAACUUCCAGUGAAAACCUGUCCAUUCUAUCCUUAACUAACUUGGUGUUAUUGUUGUAAAAAUGUGAGUGAUGGUAACACUGUCCUGAUUGGGGAAGAAACAUCUCCCAAAGGGUCCAUGAGGCCAUUUUUUUAUUUUGUACAGUAAGUGGCUUCUUUUGGUUUAGCUACUUUGUUAUUGGCUUUGUACAACCAGAAUAAUGUAGUUGUUGAAUGAUUUCUUUUACAGUUGAAUUGUCCAAGGACCCAAUAAUGUGUUUGUCAGAUGCUGUUAAUGCCCAUUCACGCCACACUAACAUCCGGGUCACUAAACGUUAUACAUCACAUUUACCAGUGUGCAUUUCAUAAUUCAUGUUAAAAACAUUUCCAUUGUCGAGAAUUGCGAGAAGAUUGUUUAGUGGAGGGGCACAAUCUGCUUUUGAGCAUGGCCAUUUGCAUAAAGAAAUUUUGAGAGUUUAAUGUUCUUGGAACAAAGCCAGAUGGGCAUCAUCACUUUGCUUGUUAGCUGUGAACCACUACACACCCGCUAUUAAUUUUGUGUUCUUACACCAGUGCCACUCCAAGUCAAGAAUAUUUUGUUUUUUGAUGUCAAAUGUCAAAUGUUUUUUCAUAAUUGCUGUUUACUGCAGCAACACAAUUGCACGUGUCUAUACACCUUAUCAUCGCCAUUCCUAUUUCAUGUGCAUCUACCUCUGUGUUUCAUUUAUUUUUUGUAGUGUACUUCAAACAUCUUCACCUUUUCAGGGUUGGUUUUCUUAUCCUCGUGCCGAUGUUGCCAAGCUGAUUUACAGGACCAAACACUCACAUGAAUUAUAUGCCGGUGGAUGCGUGUCAGUAUAACCUUCUAUUAUUGCCAUUGUAUGUUAUAGAUAAUUAGAUAAGAUAAGAAUUUCUCAUAUACAUUAAUGUGCAGUGCUUGCGUAGUGUCUGUAGCUCAUCAAAUAAAAUGUAUUUGGUGUUGCUGCAUUGUUAGUUCAGCAGAUUUUUAUUCCAGUGGAUUUACAAAAUUGGGGGAAAAGGAAUCCUCAAAAUUUUUAUCUUGCUCUUAUUUUUUCUUUCUUGGAUUUCUUAUUUUUUCCACAUGUUCUCUUGCACUCCCACUAUGGUAUGUUUCAAAAUGUUGCCAGUAGAAUUAAUGAAUGGAGAAAACAAUUAUAAAAUCUGAUGAAAAGGAUUUCUCUUUAGUGUCAUUGCUGUACAGUUGUUGAUUUGUUAUUGUCAUACGUAAAUAAAUCAACCUCAUGAGAGA